AUGGAAGAUCAUAGGCAAGCAAAAAGCAUCGUAAUUGGUGAAUUAAUAAAGAAUAAGUACAAGUCAAUCAAAAGAAAUUACACUCCAAAUGACAUCAUGAAUGAUAUGAAUGAUGACUUCGGAGUAACUAUGGGAUACACAAAAGCAUGGAGAUCAAGAGAAAAAACUUUGCGUUUAAUAAGAGGGAAUCCCGAUGAUUCAUAUCAAAAGUUGCCAAUGUAUCUUUACAUGUUGAAGCAAGCAAAUCCAGGAACAAUAACACACCUACUCACAGACAAGGAAGAUAGGUUCAAAUAUCUAUACAUAGCUUUCUCUAACUCAAUCAAGGCAUCAACAUUAGAUUCAAACAAUAACAUUUUCGUGUUGGCUUUUGGAAUAGUAGACUCUGAAAAUGAUAAGUCAUGGCUUUGGUUCUUCUCCAAACUGCGAGACACCUAUGGAGAACCCAAAGGAUUGGCUAUAGUUUCCGACAGACACAAGAGCAUAGACAAUGCAGUACAUAUGGUGUACCCAAAUGCUUUCCAUGGAGCUUGCAUGUUUCACUUGCUCAAUAAUUUGAAAAGCAAGUAUGGAGGCCAUGGAGAAGAGCUACAAAUGAAAUUCAUUGCAGCAGCAAAAACAUACACAAAAAUAGAAUUUGAACAGUACACGAGAGGCCUUGAUAGACUUGACAGACGCAUUAGACCCUAUUUAGAGAAAGCCAAGUAUGAAACUUGGCAAAGAUCAUACUCACCAACAAAAAGAUACACCAUGAUGACAUCCAACAUCGCAGAAUCACUCAAUGCUACACUAAAAGCUACAAGAAAUCUCCCCAUUGAUAUCUUGGUUGAAUGCCUUAGAAGUUUGGUUCAAAAGUGGGUUUGGAACAACUCAAAUAAUGCAAACGGAACAUUCACAAAAGUCUCUACAGCAACAGAAAAUGAAUUGAGACAUGACAUUGUUUCAAAAAUAAAGUAUGAGGUCUUGCUUUUCAACACAAUAGAAUACCAAGUUCGUGAUCAAAAGGGGAUAAAUUUCACAGUAAAUAUACAUAAUAGAACAUGUACUUGCAAUAUGUUUCAAGUUGAUGAAAUGCCUUGUGGUCGUGCAGUAGCUGUCAUUGCAAAGAGAAACUUGAGUGUGUAUGAUUAUUGUGCAAAGUUCUACAGAACAGAAACAUUGAAAGCAUUGUAUCAAGAAAAUGUUCAUCCGUUGCCCCAUCAAGAUGAAUGGAAUCUCCCACAACACUUGGACAUAAUGGUGCUGCCUCCAAAGACAACAAUCCCUGCAGGAAGACCAAGAAAGAAAAGAAUAAGAUCAAGAGGGGAACCUAAAGUAAUAAUCACCUGUGGAAAAUGUGGGCAACCAGGACAUAACAGGAAGACUUGCAGGAAUCCUCCAAUUGAGAAGCCAAACAAACAGAAAAAGCCAAAGACAUAG